AUGACUUUACUUAUAGCUUCAUUGUAUGUUUAACCAUGUUCAAUUGAUUAUAUAGUACUAACAAUUAGUCAGAUUCCUUCCAUAUUCUGUCCACUUUCAAGUUGGACAAAGUGAAUUGGAAACAUUAAAUAAUGAAUCAAUUGAAAUUUCGAGGCCAAAUAUUACACCGCAACCCUCCGGGUCAUUAAUACCAACUUUAAAAUCAACACCAUUAAUUGGGUCACCUAUCCUAAACAAAGUUGAAGAUAUUGAAAGAAGUAAUACUCCAGAAGGUUUCUUUUACAAUCGGAAACCAAAGAAAGAGGAAUUCCAUUUUAUUCAACCAAAAUCAAGAGUAUCAAAUUUAAAAAUUGAAUCAGGUAUAGUUGGUUCAAAAUCAUCAAUUGACGAUUUAAAAUUAUCUGGUAUUAAUAGAUCUGCAUCGUCAAAUUUAAUAAGUUCAACUCCAAAUUUAAGUUUACCAAGUUUAUCAAGAACAAAAUCUUCAUUAACUAAACCAUCAGGUUUUACAUUCCAUGGAAAUAGUUCUACAAAUUCAUUAGUUUCAGAUGAUGAGAAUUUUGAUCAAUCAUUUAGUGAUAUGAUACUUGGUAAGACAAAAUUAGCACCAUUUGGUGGAUUCUCAAGACCAAAUGUUGAAGCUGAGUUAAUUGAUGAUAGAAAUAUUUUUGAAACUGCACCAUGGUCAAUUAUAGAUGCUGAUAAUUCUAAUGGAUCAUUAAUUAAAGCUGUUAAUUUAUCAAUUGAGGAUCACCUAAUUAAAUCUGAAAAAUGGGUUGGUGUUGUUGCUAUGCCAUCUGAUGAAGUACCAGAAACAGUAAAAAAGAACAUCUCCCAGAAGUUGUCUGAUGAUUAUGAUUGUGAAGCUAUAUUUCCAGAUGAUAUUACCUUUGAAGGUCAUUAUAAAUCAUUUUGUAAACAAAUUUUAUGGCCAACUUUUCAUUAUCAAAUUCCAGAUGAUCCAAAAUCAAAAGCUUUUGAAGAUCAUUCAUGGGGUCAUUAUGUUUUACUAAAUCAAUUGAUAGCAAAUAAAAUUGUUGAGAAUUAUAAAGAAGGUGAUGUUGUAUGGGUUCAUGAUUAUCAUUUAUUAUUAGUUCCAAAUAUGAUUAGAAAGAAAUUACCCCAAGCUAAAAUUGGAUUAUUUUUACAUAUAUCAUUUCCAUCAUCAGAAGUGUUUAGAUGUUUUGCACAGAGGAAAGAAAUAUUGGAAGGUAUGUUGGGUGCAAAUUGUAUUGGUUUCCAAACUCAAGAAUAUGUACGUCAUUUUUUACAAACUUGUAAUAGAAUUUUAUUAGCUGAUACAAAUGAAUAUGGAGUAAGUCAUGAAGGUAAUUUAACCGUGACCACUACAUCACCAGUAGGUAUUGAUGCUCCGUCAGUUUUACAAAUUGUUCAAUCUGACACAGUUAAAGAAUGGAGGGAAUUAAUUAAAGAUAGAUGGAAGAAUCAAAAGUUAUUAGUUUCAAGAGAUAAACUUGAUAAAUUAAGAGGUAUAAAACAGAAAUUAUUAGCUUAUGAAAUGUUUCUCAAAGAAAAUCCAGAAUAUAUUGAAAAAACAGUAUUAAUUCAAAUUUGUACAAGUACUCAAGAUCAAGAUUAUGAAGCAGAAAUUAUGAAAAUUGUAUCUAGAAUUAAUUCCUUACCUGAAAAUAUAUCAGUUACACAACCUGUUGUUUUAUUACAAAGAGAUCUUGAUUUUGAUCAAUAUUUAGCAUUACAAUGUGAGGCAGAUACAUUUAUAGUUAGUUCAAUGAGAGAAGGUUUAAAUUUAACAUGUCAUGAAUUUAUAACAGCAACUGAAGAAAAGAAAUCUCCAUUAUUAAUUUCUGAAUUUACUGGUAGUUCAGCGAUUUUAAAUUGUAAAGGUGAAGGAGCAUUAUUGAUAAAUCCAUGGGAUUUAAAGAAGUUUUCAGAAUUAAUCAAAGCUGCAUUGACCAUGUCUGAUGAAGACAAAGAGAAGAGAUAUAAAAAUUGUUAUAAUGUUGUUGUUACUAGAGAUUCAAAACAUUGGGUUGAAACAUGUUUAAAAAAUAUAGAUUAUGCAUGGGAUUUAGAUCAUAGAAAAAGUGAAAAGAUAUUACCAUUUACAAAGCAAAAAUUUGAAGAAUUUAAACAACAUAAGGGAAAAAGGUUGUAUAUUUUAGCUUUAGAAAUUUCAUCAUCUGCAAUUUCAAGAGGUGGGUCAACUACUGUUUCCUCGGGUAAAGUUAAUGUCAUUGAACCUUUUAGAUUAGUUGGGUUAUUAAAUGAAUUAAUGGAUGAUCCAGAUACUUGUGUUUAUUUAUUAUCGUAUUUACAAAAAUCAGAUUUAGAUAUAAUGUUUAAAAGAUAUCCUCAAAUUGGAUUAAUUGCAGAAAAUGGUAAUUAUGUAAAAUUAAUAGGAUCCAAGGAGUGGAUUCCAAUUGUAGAUGAGGAAGAAGUUCAACUAGUCCUUCCUGAAAUUAAAAGAUUAAUUGAAUCAAAAGUUGAAAGAUUACCUGGUUCAUUCUGUGAGGUUCAAAAUAGUACAAUACGUUUUCAUGCAGGUUCAUCAUUCAUUGAAGAUCGUGAUAGAACAUUAGAUUCAAUGGGUGAGACUAUUCAACAUAUUAAUACAUUAUUUGAACAUGAAGACGUUCAUGCAACAUUAGUUCGAAAUUCAGUUGUUGUACAAAAGAAUCAAAUUAAUUUAAAAGCCUUGAAGUUGAUAAUUGCAUAUUAUAAUUCAGAUGUCACUGAAGAAUAUAUUAAGUCACAUAUAAAAGAGUUUCAACAUUCUACAAUUGAGAAAAUUAUCAAGAACGAACAUAAAGUAAGUGCUGUAUUAUAUUCUGGUGGGUUAACAUCUAUCGAUGAAGCAAAUUAUGAAUUUAUAA